AUGAAAAAAUUUAAAAAACUAUCACAAAGAGAUGAGUUUUUACUUGUUUUAAUGCGAUUAAGAUUAGGUCUUCUAAAUCAAGACUUAGCUGAUCGUUUUGGCAUAUCCCCAGCAUUGUGUUUUCGUACAUUCACAACUUGGAUUAAAAUGUUAAGUCAAGUUUUAGGACAAGCAUUAGUUGUAUGGCUUCCACGUGAAUCUAUUCGUAACAAUCUGCCACCUGUUUUUGUGAAAGCUGGUUAUCAAAAAUGUAGAGUGAUUCUUGAUUGUGCAGAAGUGUUUAUAGAGCGUUCAAAGUCCCUUGAUAAGCAAUCAAGCACCUGGUCAGAAUAUAAGCAUCAUAAUACAUUUAAAUUUUUAAUAUGUGUUAGUCCAACUGGAUAUAUUACAUUUCUUUCUUCGUGUUAUGGUGGAAGAGCAAGUGAUAGGUUUAUUACAAGAGAUAGUGGUAUAUAUAAUCUACUAGAGAGAGAUGAUGAAGUUAUGGCUGAUCGAGGUUUUCAAAUUCAGGAAGAUUUAAUUUUAAAUUUCUGUACUUUAGUUGUUCCACCUGGUGCCCGCUUGAAAAGUCAAUUAACCACCAAAGAAGUUCAAAAAACUGAACAUGUUGCAAAUCUAAGAAUACAUGUAGAGCGAGCAUUAACCGAAUUAAAACAUACAGAAUUCUAA